AUGAUUGUUUUGAUAGCAAACAUUACUCGUCCUAAAGAACACUCUUGGGUACCCAUUGGAAUGCAACACACUCAAAGUUUUUACAACAAAAAUUUUCGGAUUCGUAAGAACUGGAAUGAGCGAAAUCGAACGUGGUACAUAGUGGGGAGACGUAACACUAGGACACCCGACUACAGCUCUUAUGAAACUUAUCUGGAGCUUGUAAGAACUUUGAAAGUGUUGCAUGCCAGUGGGUACACAAGAGUGUGCUUUAGGACGAGUGAUUUUUGCUACCAAAACAACCACAUAAAGCUUAAUUAUCUCUUCCCUCUUCUCAUGAUAAUGACAAAUGUCUUUCGUGUUGGACUCAAAUUGUGGACAGUUGUAACGGGCGAGUCGAUGCUUUAUUCGAGUCAGGAGUAUACGGAGGCUUUGAAAGGUUCUGAGGCGAGGCGGGCUUUAACGCUCUUAUUGAUGGAAAAUUACAUGUACAAGGAUGUUGUUAGGAAGGGUGGCUAUAAUUAUUCGUCCUUACAAGAAAUCGGGAUCGGGAUACUGAUAUUGGGGCUGCCAAAAAGUGAUAAG